UAGUAUAUUGUUAGAAAACUAGUACUAGAAGAAGCUCAGAGAGAGAGAGAGAGUGAGUGACAUAGAGAAAUCGAAAAUGGGAGACCAAAUUGCAAAGGGAAAAUUGGCUCUAUUUCUUUACAAGAUAAAGCCUUACUUGGCUAUGAUCUCUUUGCAAUUUGGGUAUGCAGGCAUGUACAUUAUCAGCAUGGUUGGUUUGAAGCGUGGCAUGAGCCACUUUGUCCUUGCUGUGUACAGGCAUUUGAUUGCCGUGGUUGUGAUUGCCCCAUUCGCACUUGUUCUUGAAAGGAAAAUAAGGCCAAAACUGACCCUACCGAUCUUCCUAAGAAUAAUGGUGCUUGGUUUUCUCGAGCCAGUGUUUGCUCAGAAUUUAUACUUUGUGGGAAUGACAUACACCUCAGCCACAUUUGCAUCUGCCACUGCUAAUAUUCUCCCUGCCAUUACCUUUAUUUUUGCACUUCUUUUCAGGUUAGAAAAAAUCAAUUUCAAGAAGAUCCCAAGUGUAGCAAAGGUGAUCGGAACUGUAAUCACGGUCAUGGGAGCAAUGGUGAUGACAUGGUACAAAGGUCCUAUUGUCGAAAUCAUAAGGGGACAAACACAAAGCCACAACAACACCACCGCUUUAUCUACCGAACAACAUUGGAUCACCGGCACUUUCAUGCUCCUUGCCCGUUGCUGUGGUUGGUCUGGUUUCUUCAUCCUACAAUCGUUUACGCUAAAGCUAUACCCAGCAGAGCUCUCUCUCACUGCUUUGAUAUGCUUAAUGGGUGCAUUGGAAGGUGCCGUAGCCACGUUCAUACUUGAACACAACAUGAGUGUUUGGGUUAUAGGCUGGGACUCCAGGCUACUUGCUGCUGGUUACUCUGGGGUGGUUUGCUCUGGAAUUGCAUAUUACGUGCAAGGUGUUGUGAUGAAGGAACAAGGUCCAGUUUUCGUGACAGCGUUUAGCCCGCUGGCAAUGAUCAUCACCGCCGCCCUAGCCGCCAUCAUUUUAGCCGAGCAAAUCCACCUUGGAAGCAUACUUGGAACUAUUCUCAUAGUCAUUGGCCUCUAUGCUGUUGUUUGGGGGAAAAGCAAAGAUCCCACAGCCUCCUCACUGUUGAUCGAAGAUGAGAAAGUUGUUGCUCUUGAACUACCAGUCACUGUUGAUAACAAAACUGAUGGUACUGGACCUCCAGGGGACUUCAUCAAGGUUCCAAUUAAAGCACAAGAAUCAUGCUAAUAUGUCCAAGAUUAAUUCCUACAGAGGUUUAAAAUUUUCAAGAUCUCAUUAAGUGAGACUGUAUUUUCUUUUCCGUUAUUUUUUUUUUCCCUACUGCAGGAAAUUUGUAUAAGGUAAUUGUAAGGGAUAAAAUUCGGAUUUGAUCGCCUUUGUAACAAAAGGUGGAUUUACCAUCAAAUCGCCUCAUAAAAACAAAGGAGAGACUUGUGUACUUUUUGACUGUACCUUUGAGAA